GAGUUUUUAUUUGCCACUAAAAACACAUUCUAACCUCAAAGAAGUUCCAACAAACUCGGGUUUUUGUAAUUAAAUUAAUAAAACAAUUAAUUUUAAUAAUUAAUACAAAGUGUUAGCGAUUCAUUAUUAUAUUUCGGCUUGAUUUCGUGGCGAGAGUGACGAAAAAGUGCUUUUUUAGGUUAGGUUCUUCCUCAGUAAUCAUCAUGAAAGACUCGAAAUUAGUGUUAAAGGAGGCCCGCGAAGCGAUAAAAAACAAGAAUUAUGAAACGUCUUUGAAAUUGUGCAAGCAAAUCCUGAAAGAAGACAAGACCAAUUACAUGGCUCUUGUCUUCCUGGGGGUUUCAUUUCAGGAAACCGGUCAAAAUUCGAAGGCUUUGAAGGCGUUUCAGGGGGCAAUUGACUCAAAUCCGGCAAAUUCUUUGGCUUGGAACGGCUUAAUAAAUUACUAUGAAAAAGUGGACACACAAGAAACUAAACUUGAUUUAAUUGAUGCUUACAUUUCGUUAAUUAACAUUGAAACGGACGAGAAAAAAAUCCUCGAAUGUGUACAAAAACUAUCAAAUUUGUGCGAAUUUGGUGUUUUGGGUAAAAUCACAAAUGCGAUUUAUUCAGUCCUGAAAAGUGGUAAAUGUGACACUACAGAAUUGGCAAUUUCUCUGAUUAAUAUCCUGAAACCUGAAAUUUUAUCGCCGGAUUUGCUCCCAAUUUACGAGGAAGCCUUGACCUUGGCCUUGGCCAACCCGAAAACCGUCUGUACGAAAUAUUUCAGCGAUUAUUUAAAUCUUUUGUAUAAACAAAACAAAUCGGGGGAAUUACUCACCCAGGCCAAAAAAAUGCACUCAAUAUUCGACUCAGACUGGAUUUCGUUACGUUGGAUUUGUAAAAUUUUCAACGAAAUUUACGUCGAGUCAAACACUUUGAUCGAAUCUGAGGAAAACAUUGCGAAAUUCAGCGAAAUGCUUUGUGGCUUGGAGACACCCUCAGCGACGGGGCUAUUCACCCAAAGUAUUUUACUAUUUGAAACGAAAAAAAUCCCCGAAGCGAAAGAAACACUGGAGAGAGUCGUGGGGGUUUUACCCGGUCUAGUCCACGCCUGGAUUCUCCUCCUGAAAUGUUGUAUGCAACUCGGGUUGUGCGACGAGGCCAUCAAUGCGGCGAAUAAACUCGAAAAGUUGUGUCAAAAUCGGGAGAAUUUGAGGAAAAAAGUCGAUGUUUUGCUCAUUGAGGUGUUGUCGAAAUCGGGGGAAGAACACGAGCUGAGGAAAGCCCUCAACUUGUUUGAAAAUCUUGAAAACGACGCGAAAUCGAAGUGUCUCCAACACCUAAUUCGGGCCCAUAUCAGUCUCAAAAACUUCACUGAGGCUAAAUUACUACUCAAAGAUGAUAAAACACACAAUUUACUCAAAGCACAAUUACUACACAAACAGGAAAAAUAUUCAGAAGCCUUGGAAAUUCUCGAGAAGGAAAACAACGAGACUUGUGAAAGUUGGCUCGAAAUCGGUUCAAUUUACUGGAAUUGGGGCCACUACGAGAAAAGUUUAACCCCAUUUUUGAAGGCCACAAAAUUAGACCCCAACAACUACAAAUGUUUCCUGUUUUUGGGGCAUUUCUACAAGAAAAACAACGAUUUUGAUAAGGCCCGACGUUGCUACGAAAAGGCCUUCAAAAUCAAUAAAUGUUGCGCAGAGGCGGGCAUUGAAUUGAGCAAAAUUUACCGAAAAUUGCAAAAUUGGGCGGCAAAUUUAAACCUGUUGCAAGCCCUCACGAGUGGCACAAUUAAUGUUAAAAAUUCUUGGGCUUGGAUGCAACUCGGUUUACACCAUUUAGAACAGUUGGAUUAUGAUGAAGCCAUAAAAAAUUUACGUUUUGUGAUUCGAAUUGAUGAAAAUAAUGCUCAUUGUUGGGAAUCCCUCGCUGAUGCAUAUUUGGCUAAAGGUGCUUACACAUCGGCUUUAAAAUGUUACGAGAAAACGUCGAGUUUGGGUGAAGCUUUAUAUCCCUUGUUACAAAAAGGUCAUAUUAAGCAAAUUUUGGGUGAAUUUGUCGAAGCAAGAGUUGAUUUUGUGGAAAUUUUAAAAUUUAAUAAGUUUUAUGUGCCGGCUUUGAAAGGCAUGGCUGAGACUUGUCUUUUACAAGCGAGGAAUUGUUACAAGGAGCAGAGAUUGGGGACUAGUCGAGACCACGCACAAGUUGCCACCGAUCACUUGAUUAUGGCUUUGAGUCAACGUAGCGACUUGUCGUGUCUCUGGAAAUUGUUGGGUGACAGUUGUCUACUUGUGGGGGCUUUACCCGAGAAGCAUUCGUGUCUUUUGGUGUCGAAAUCGUUCGUUGAGGGGUGGGAAAUAGGGGGUGAUACAGUUCUGGAGAAAUUUGAUUUGUUCACGUUGGCAGCGCGGUGUUUUUUCAAAAGUUUGAGUUUAGUUGAGGAUAAUUUUCUGAUUUGGCACGAUUUGGCCAUUUGUUAUUUGACACAUGGACUUGCUAGUGAAUCAAAUGAGUUGAUUUCUAAAGCCCAAACUAUUCUACAAUAUUGUACUUUGAAUAAUCCGACGUGUUGGCAACACUGGAAUGGUUUAGGCAACGUCGCGAUGCAUUCAGAUCCCCCAAAUUACAAACUCGCCCAACAUUGUUUUAUUAAAGCUGUCAUUGCUGACCAUCACAGUGCCGUCUCGUGGACGAAUUUAGGUACUUUGUAUUUUAUUCUCGGUGAUUUUAAAUUGGCAAAUGAGGCGUUUUCGCAAGCCCAAAGAUCGGACCCUAAUUAUGUCAAUAGUUGGAUUGGACAGGCCCUUUUAGCCGAGACUUUACAUCACGAAGAUGCAAUGGAUUUGUUUAGACAUAGUACCCAAUUGGGGGUACAUAAACAAGGGGCUUUGGGGUACGCACAUUGGGUGUGUAGAACGUUAAAGGAGUCACCCGUGGACACCCUUGUCUAUUCCAUACACAAUAUGCAUGCGAUUCCAGUGGCUUGUGAUGUUAUUUCGUGGUAUACAGAACACGAUCCAAUGAACGCUACAGCAUGGAACAUGCUCGGAAUUCUCAAAGAACGAAUGGGCCUCAAACUGGGGGCCUUAGAAGCCUUCAAAAACGCCCUCACACUUUCAGAUAAAAAACAAAGAGAUUGCGCCCGAGUCAACUAUGGACGAAUUCUCACCACUUUAGGCAAAUAUCAACAAGCAAUCGACACUUUUACCAAAGUCGAAGCUGCCACUUUCAACAGCGGAAGCGGCCUUGCCCUCGCACUCUUCAAAGAUAAACUUUACAAAGAAUCGUACGAAGUGUACGAAUCGACUUUGCAUUGGCUGUCGUCGGAUUCGAAUUUGCAGUCGAAUUUAUUGGUGGCUUUGGCCUCAAUGGCCUACAUGUUUGAGGGGCCUGAAGCGGCUAAAACUUUGUUAUUUCAGAGUGUUCAGGUUGAGAAACCGUCUCCUUGGGGGUUUUACGCGAUUUCGGCUUUGGGUUUGCUCCACAAUGACUUAAACAUGACUGAUUUGGUUUUAAGCGAGUUGAGAAACACAAUCACGAAGCGUAAUGGAGUGCAUUUUGCGGUUUUGGCGGGCUUUUUCAACCUGUUACAAGGAAAAAAUAAGGAAAGUGUGCGUGAGGUGAGUAAAAUAGUGUUUUUGUACCCCGACCAGGCCCAAGUUUGGUUGACUCUCUCAGUGGUGGCGAUUCGGGGGGGAAAGGGGGCCAAAGUGGGGGCCACGUGCGCCCAAAGUGCCAUGAAGUUGGGACAAACCACCAAUGCGGACGUCACAAAGAUUUUGUGUGUGGUUGCUUUGUGUUUUCUCAUGGGGGGUGAGACGGAAGAGGCGCUUCUGGUGGCCCAGAAAGCCAUUCAUUUGUAUCCGAAUUUGGCCGAAGGUUGGGCUGUUUUAAUCACGGCCUUGAUACGCUCAAAACGGACCAAUCAAAUUCAAGAAUUGGUAAAAAUCACCCGUGAUUUUAAUCCUUGUGAAAAAUUAAAUUUGUGGUUGAAUGGAAUUUUUCAAUAAACGCGUUUUCUAUU